ACGCGUCCGUUAACGAGAGAAUCGCGACGGAAAUCCGACUUCUUCGUAAUCGUUCACGAUAAUGAUUUUUUCUGUACUCACUGGCUUUUUUGCGGUGCGCCGAUUUUCCCCGCGGGACUCAGGUGGGAACCUCGUGGCGAAUAAAAGCGGAACAGCCGGAAGAUCGCUAUAAAUACCGCUGAUUCGCGAACGUCAUGGGAGCCGCAUUCGUGCACCGGAAGCACGAGUCCGUCGCGGAACAGACAUAACUCGGAUCCUAAUUUUCCGAUCUGUCCGGGACGGGCUGUCGUAACAAAAGCGAUCGAGCUAUUCGAACGGACCGAGCGACGUUCAAGAUGUUGUUAGUUCACUUCGUUCGCAGCCAGCGAUCCGUAUUAUUAACCGGUUAGCCGUGGCGCUGCCUUUUCGCAAUUUAUACUGCGGAAAAUACGAAUGUAUGCUAAAUGAAUUGCGAGAACGAUUUAGAGUUCGUUCGACGCACGUUCCAAUCAAAAUUGUGUUCGUCACUCGGAAAUCGUUCGAUAAGCGAUAAGCGACGUCACGGAUACCGCUGAAGUCUGACGUCUCCGUGACGAAUGGAAUUUAUCUGGCGGAUAAAAGAAAAUUUCUCCGACGUGCCACGCACGCGAAGCUACGUUCAAAGGAACAAUAGCGGGCGAGGGGCUGCGUGACAAAAGCCGCGUAACCGAUCCGACGGCCUUAAACGCGAGUCUCUCGUUUCGCGUAGAAUGAUUUGAAAUCAGCGACGAUCUCGCCGCAGAAGCGUAGAAAUAUGUUGCACGAUGUUGUCGGUUCUUUCUCGAGGGUUGAAGAUCCAAUUUCCGGUUUCCCCGUUGGGCAAAACGAACGUUUUAAUUAACCGAGCAUAUCGGUCGCGGAGAAAUGAAAUCCUUCGCGUGACUAAUGGUAUCUCGAGCGACGAGUCAUGGAGAAGAUUCUUGAAGAUAAUUAAAGGCAAGAAUGCAUCGAGCACGCUAUCGUCGAACAAUGUUUACACCGAGGGUCACGAGCGUCGCCUUGAAACGCUGUACGGAAGAAGGGCGACUCCGCUCGGCAGGAGCCCGCCCGCUCCCUUAGAAUUCACUUUGGCGACGAUUCGCGAUACUUGGAUCCUCUCCAAGGCGAUUCGUCCUUCAACUGGAUGCCUCGCUCCGUUCGCGAGGAAGUUCUCUUAUUCCUGUGCGAUUGCUCGCGCCGGAAAGAUAGGAGAUGGGAAAUCUCGAUACAGAGGAGACGUCCGUCGUUUCGCCUCCGAGGACGGCUCUUGCAAAAAGAACCGAUCCAAGCCGGACUGCCCGGAACCGGUGAAAGAGUUCGAUCCUGAAGAUCAAUGCACGAAGUGUCCUCCCUCGAAUCUUGCGCUGUCCGGCACACCGAAGAUCACGGGUCCUUGCGUGGAUCCUGUUCCUUGUCCUUGCGUCGAUCCUGCUCCGGCUCCUUGCGCGGACUCCAUUUCGGUUCCUUGUUGCGCGGCUGCUGCGAAAACCGAGAGAUCGAAGAAGUACUGUUCUGCGAAUAUCUGGGAUUGUUGUUCUCCCAUAGACACGUCGCAGGAGAAGCUCUGGCAGUGUCUGUCGCUUUUCAUCGGGAUUCCGGCGGUGCUUAUCUACUCCCUCGUCUAUUGGACGCAUCUGAAACACAAGAAAUGUCAGCCAAGGCAGGAGUUCGUCGAGUACCCGUAUUUGCGGAUAAUGAGAAAGCCUUUCCCAUGGGGCGACGGCAAGCACUCCCUUUUCCACAACCCUGAAAAAAAUCCGAUAUCUCCGCACGGGUACGAGGCGCCGGACCCAUGCGAAUCGAAGACCGGCGAAUGUAAAGAUUGACGCGACGGAGGAAAAGCCGGCGGCCGUCGUUCUAAAUUCAGUGGCCAGCGAGAUGUAAACCGAACCGGUAUUAUAAACUCCAGGCCCUCGACUGUUUAAUUUUUCGUCGGAUCCGACAUGCCUCGCGAUUCUAUUUUCCGCCGGCAUUUGCCCUCGGAUAUCCGAACAAGUUGUACGCGACGAUUACUUCCAUUUUCUUCAGAAUCAUUCAAGAAGAAGCCGUGAAAAUCUAUUACUGAUUUACGAACGUGAUUGCUGUCGCUAUUGAAAACGGUUUAUUAAAGAGCCUUCGAACACGUGUCGUUGAUUUCUGCAGGUUUAUUGAGUUGCCCGACCAAUGAUACCUGAUUUUUCUCUUCUGUUCAUAAUUCAAUGUUCUCGGAGAAGUCUCAAUUUUGUACCGUUUUCAAGGGAAACGUCGCACCGUAAAAUAUCUUAAUAAGUCGUGUAAAAAUAUUUCACACAGAAGAUAAAAUAAAUUACGGAAAUUGUAGAUGGCUA